CUCCGCGCACUCAUCAACACAAGACGCUCCCCUCCCCCUCCCCCGCAGUCCCGCCGCACCACACGCUCUGUCCCCUUUUCCGGCGCCCGCGACGGAUUGCGACGAGCGGAUAGAUAGAUCUGCGCUGUGCGUCUCGAGCCCGUCCCUGUCUCGCCGUCUCCUUUCUGCUCUCCUCCUCCACUCUCCACCGAGCAGCGCGAAUCCUUAGCGGCCAAGGCUUUCCGAGCUCAGCUCGGGGAGUUUUAAACGCGGCCCGACGAAAGGAGGACCGCACUCCCUGCCGGGCUGCUGCUGGUCGCUUGCUUUCGGUGGCGAGCGUCUCGGUAAAGCGGCGGCUGCGGCAGAGAUUGGACUUGCUGGUUGCGCAGUGCAGCGCUGCCGUGGAGACAGGAAUCUGCCGCAGGCUGUAAUCCUAGGGGACUCAUAAUUGAUCGUUGUUUCCAAAGAUCAGAGUAACGUGCCCGAGUUUGCCACCUGCCCACCUUCAUCCUCCGGGGUCGCUCGUCAUCUGAUGCCCGCGUUGGGGGAUUGUUGAAGGGAUAAGGUCGUGGCAAUGAGCAAACCGGCGCGCGUGCAGCGCGCGUCCCCGCCGCCGCCCCUGGUUGUUUCGGCCGCCAUCUUGCUGCUGCUCUCCGCGUUACCGCGCUGUCAGCCCUACACUUACGAGCAAGAUGUGUUUGCGAUAAAUGGCUUGUACACGGCGCUUAGAGCACCACAGCUGCCCAAUUGGACUACAAAUGGCGGUGACCCCUGCAAUGAGGGCUGGCAGGGUGUUUCAUGCGUGGCCUCAAAUAUUACCUCCAUAAUUCUCAGCGGUGCAAACUUGGGUGGACAGCUGGGUAACACUUUGGCGAAUUUCACAUCAUUGAUCACCUUGGAUCUUAGCAACAAUAAUAUUGGCGGAACCAUACCUGAUGGUCUACCAGUCACAAUGCAGAAAUUUUUCCUUUCAGCUAACCAGCUAAGUGGCAGCCUCCCAAGUACAUUGUCAUCCCUCACACUUUUGACAAGCAUGUCGCUCAAUAACAACCAAUUAUCUGGAGAUAUACCAGAUGUAUUUUUAGCACUCACUGGACUCGCGAAUUUAGAUUUUUCUUCUAACAACUUGACCGGUCCGCUGCCACCUUCAAUGGGAAAUUUGACAGCAUUGACUAGCCUGCAUAUUCAGAACAAUCAACUGACAGGAACCCUUGAUGUGUUGCAAGAUCUCCCUUUCCAAGAUUUGAACGUAGAAAACAAUCUUUUCUCUGGUCCGGUGCCUGUGAAGUUACUCAACUUGCCAAACUUUAAGAAGGAUGGGAACCCAUUCAAUACCAGCAUAGCCCCAUCCGCUCAACCUCCUGCAGCGCCAACACCAUUACCAUCAGUCUCACCUCCAGCUAGGCAUGUCCCCUCAAAACAACCUUCAACCUCCUCUAGCGUUCCAGGAGGAAGUACUCCAGGAUCAGGAAAACAUACCGUUUCAACAAUCAAAUUAGUUGGAUAUAUCCUUAUAGGGGUGGUAUCAGCAGUAGUUAUUGUGCUAAUGGCAAUGUACUGUCUAUCCAAGUGCAAAGAAAGAAAGUCAAGAGAUGACAUUUAUACAAAAAACAAGAUGGGAAGGGUGCCUCAGAAGCUUGGAGAGCCUAAAAUCAAGGAAAUGGCAGAAAUCAAGGAGCCACCAGUAAAACUCGAGAAUAAUGUUGGGAAAGCUUCCCAUGUUGUUUCUGAUGCAAAGGAGGAUCAUAAGUUAAAAAUGCCAACAUCAGCAGCUUCAAAUGUGGUUUGUGAUGCAAGAGAUGGGCAGAAAUCAGACUCACUGUUGGCAGCUACUCCCAGGGUGGUCUCAAUGAAGCAAAAAGAGCAUGUAAUUGAUAUGGAAAAGGCUGAUAAUUUCGUUGAGGAGCAGUUGCAUUCUACGCAACCUGUUGCACAACGUUCUGAAAAGGUCAUCGUCAAUCCCAGUGUUCGUACUAGAAGAAGAGUACCUUCAGUUGGGAAGGUAGACCUGACAACUACUGUCAAGUCCUUUUCCAUUGCAUCCCUUCAACAAUAUACCAACAGUUUCAGUGAGGAAAAUCUCAUAAGAGAUAGCAGGUUUGGUAAGGUAUAUCUGGCAGAGCUUCCUGAUGGAGAGUUACUGGAAGUUUUGAAGAUAGAUGCUUUUAACUCAAAAGUACCAGUGGAUGCCUUUCUUGAGCUAGUUGUGAGCAUUUCUGAACUGAGGCAUCCUAACAUACUUGGGCUUGCUGGAUACUGUGCGGAGUUUGAGCAGCGACUACUUGUCUAUGAGCACUGUAGCAAGAUGACUCUACAUGAUGAACUCCACUAUGUAGAUGACUCAAGCAAGCCAUUAUCAUGGAAUGCUCGCCUCCAAGUUGCUGUGGGGGCAGCAAAAGCAUUACAACAUCUUCAUGAUGGUUGCCAACCACCAAUUGUACAUCAGAAUUUCGAACCAUCUGUUGUUCUUCUAAACAGCACCUUAGUUGUGCAUAUUUCUGAAUCUGGCCUUGCAUCAUUAGCAUCAAAAUCAGCAUCUCAGUUGUCUGGCCGUACCUUAUUCCAUUAUGAAGCCCCUGAGGUGCAUGAAUCUGGAUCCAUAAGUGAUCGAAGUGAUGUUUACAGCUUCGGUGUUGUUAUGUUGGAGCUUCUAACAGGGCGUAAACCUUAUGAUAGCUCACGUCCACGGGCUGAACAACAUCUGGUGCGAUGGGCCACUUCUCAGCUCUAUGAUAUUGAUGCCAUAGCAAAGAUGGUAGAUCCUUCCAUUCAAGGACAAUGUUCUGAAAAGGCACUGUCUCGUUUUGCUGACAUUAUUAGCCGCUGCAUUCAGCACGAACCAGAAUUUAGGCCACCGAUGUCUGAAGUUGUCCAAGACUUAACUCGCAUGAUAAGUAAUGCAUCAAAGGCUUCCAUGUAGGCGGUCCUGAAGGGGGGUGUGUGUGUGUGUGGUGGUGGUGGUGGGGUUUUUUUUUUUUUUUUUGGGGGGGGGGGGGUGGAGGCCUGUGCUUUCGAAAUUAGAAUGCAAGCAUGCACCUCAUCUUGGUAUUUGGAGUGUCAUGUGGAGCGCUUCUUGGCAGAUUCAGUUCUCUCCGAUGUUGUGAAGACGCAUUUAUGAUCAUGGAUGCAGUAGUAGGAUAUUCUGGCCGACGCAAGAAGGAUGCAGUAAUGCACCGUGUUUUAUCCAUUGCCAUAAUGCUCCUCUGAAUCUCUCGUGAAUUUUUUAGUUCGAAGUUAUUGUUGUAAUUCUGUAGUCUGCACAAUAUAUUUCUCGGCUCCUGGUUCCGGUUGCAGAUCACUUCAUGUGAUCAUGCAUGGUUCUCUAGACCAUAUGUAAAUACAAGAACUGAAAUAAAUAUAUUAGAGUUUGCUCAUGUUAAAGAUCA